UCGAGACAAAGCGCAGCAAGCAAGGAGAGGAGAUCGAUCAUCCAUUCAUGGCGCCCGGCGGGCUUGUGCUCCUCGGCCUCCUUCUCCUAGUGCUAGUGGACGCGCUUGCCGCCGUCCACAUCGACAUCGCGGCCGCCCUCUUCCACUCGCACGACCACCUCGGCGGCAACAAGCAGCACAAGGACAAGUCUUCUUCUUCCUCCUCCUUGCCUUCAUGGCCGGACGGCAACGCCGCGACCUACCUUCCGCCGAAGCAGAAGGAGAAGGCUUCUCCUUCUUGGCCAGACGCUAACGCCGCGGAUUUCUUCGCGGAGGCGGCCAAGAAGGGGCUGCGGUCCUUCACCGGCGGGCGGGGCGGGUACAAGACGAUGACGACGGAGUUCCUGGACGCGCACAACCGGGUGCGGGCCAAGUACGGCGUGCCGCCGCUGCGGUGGAGCAAUAAGCUGGCGCGGUACGCGCGGCGGUGGUCGGACGCGCGGCGGUUCGACUGCGUGAUGAUGCACUCGGUGGGUUCACCCUACGGCGAGAACGUGUUCUGGGGCACCGGGUGGGACUGGAAGGCCGUGGAGGCCGUGGGCGACUGGGCCAGCGAGUCCUCCUUCUACGACUGGCGGGCGCAGGCCUGCCACCCGGGCCAGGUCUGCGAGCACUUCACCCAGAUCGUCUGGCGGACCACCAAGUACGUCGGCUGCGGCCGGGCCGAGUGCCUCGCCGGCGGCGUCUUCAUCACCUGCUCCUACGACCCGCCCGGGAACUGGAAGGGAGAGGUGCCGCUCACCUAA